GUACCCAUUUUGGUACCAGGUGGAAUUGCGCUAUUUUUGAUUAUGGGUUUACGGGAGGGCGACUCUGCGAGUCGUAAUUGGCGGUCCAAAAGCAAUCAUCGUUGUUGUUUCAACUCACGGUUCAGGAAUAAGGAAACCAGAUAUGCGACUGACUCUGUCUUCUCUUCAUCGUCUUCAUCAAUCAGUCAGCGUAAGCGUUCCAGUACAUCUGAGAAGGCCUCUUCCGGUUAUGGAUGUUCUAACCCUAAAAAACCUCGCAUUCCAGCACGUAGCAAAAGGCGGAAGCAUAGUUCCCAUGUAUCACUUCCUAAUUGCAAUCACACAACGGGUACCUGUAAGGCAAAACGUAUCUCUGGUGAUGAGGGCCGUCCUCGGGACCAUUCUAGCAGCUCCUCUCGCAGUGGUGUCACUCGUAGUCACGUUGCCAAACAUCCUGACCACCCAACUAAGCGAGAACGUCAGCGUAGUUCAAGCAUCGACGGACAUUCAAGGCAUCGUCAGUUACGUAAUGGGCGACUUCCUGGUUCUCCGAGGCUUCCUGACAAAGAUAACAAGCAGGUAGCUCGUCGGAAGAGAGAAGAGAAACGUCGCGAUGAGAAGGCACGAAGAAAAGUUAGCCAUGAGCGACACAAACGCAAGCCAUCUGCUAUUGUACCAGUCGGUGAGGUUAUCAAGCGACGUUUUCGUGUGGAGAAGAUACUAGGAGAGGGUAGCUACGGGCAAGUUUUUGAAUGUUUUGACUUAUACACAAAUUCCUUGACGGCUGUAAAGGCUCUUAAACCUCAGAGUGAUUACAUUGAUGCUGCUCGUCAUGAGCUUGAAGUCUUAGAAUCAAUUGCAAGACUAGAUGCAAAGAAUCGGUCUCACUGCAUAUCAUCAAUAGACUUUUUCGAGUGGCAUGAUCACUUUUAUAUUGUUUUUCCUCUGCUUGGUCCAAGUGUUUUCACGUUUCUUGAGGAAAAUGGUUAUGAGCCCUAUCCUAUUGAACAAUGUGCAAUAAUUACCCGACAAAUUUGUGAAGCUGUUGCAUUUUUGCAUCGAAAUAAGCUUACACAUACAGAUCUCAAACCUGAAAAUAUUUUGUUUGUUGAUGGUAGUUACGACGAAGUAUUUGAUAAUCAUCGUGGCAAAACUGUUCGGAGAAUACGUCAUCCAUAUAUAAAAGUUAUAGAUUUUGGGUCAGCUACCUUCGACAAUGACCACCACUCAACCACUAUUCAAACUCGGCAUUAUCGUGCACCUGAAGUCGUGAUGGAGCUUGGCUGGAGUCGGUCGGCCGACGUGUGGUCUGUAGGAUGUAUUCUGUUUGAACUUGUAACGGGACGGUGCCUUUUUAUGACACAUGAUAAUCUGGAACACCUAGCUAUGAUGGAACGUGUGCUAGGAACGCUUCCUAAGUGUAUGACAAAAGCAUCUCGUCGACGAAGAUAUUUCCGCCAUGGUCGGUUAGAUUGGUCACCCACUUCAUCUGAGUCUCGUUAUGUCAGGAGAGCAUUAAAGCCUUUGGGAGAAUACUGGUUUUCUAGUUUCGAUCGUUACAAACGCCUAGCUUUUGAUCUUGUUAAAGAAAUGCUUAUGUACAUUCCGACUGAACGAAUUACCUGUUCAAAAGCCUUAGAACAUCCUUUUAUUCUUUCAUUUCACAUUUGAAAUAACUUAUCACCCCUGUACAAUAUGCCCCCCUGAUCAUUAUUAUUGUUAUUAUUAUAAUUAUUUUGAGACUUAUUUUUUUAUGAUGUGUUGCCAGUAUAACUAAUUGCAAUAACCCAUUCAGGUUUUCGAAAACUUUUCUGUAAACAAGCACUGAAUGAAUAAAGUAAUCGGGUUAUAAGCCAAAAAGACCGUACUAUUAUUAGUUAUUUUCAUUAAUGAGAUGACCGACUAUCAUUCUUCAGUUUAAGCCUUCGACGAUGACGAUGACGGCAAAAUAAAUUUUGCAUAUUCUCCAGUAGCGUGGUAUUAUUAUUGGCAAUAUUUAUUCGCAGUAUCUUCAUCGCUUUUUUCACUCUGAAAAAUUAAGCUUAUUUGUGAAAACUUACUUUUUAAUUCUGGGUUGCACAAAUUUGACAUUCAUUACACCUGGAGAAUUCCUCAGUUCCAGUGCUCUUUCUAUUACUCCUAGUGGAAGUCCAAUAUUCUUGGCUAUUGCAAUUGCUUCGCUCUCUGAGGUUAUGCCGUUAGUAACUUUGUACAGACAUAGCAAUUUCCCUUCAUGAGUUGUCGUCUUCAUUGUCUUAAUGUGGUAAGAAGUCAGUUUUAUUUAAUCGUAGCGACUUACCAAGUACUGUACUCGUGGUCCAGACACUUGAAAGUGUUUCAAAAUUCCAUAGUUGUGGGUGGCUAUGACAGCAAACGGACAUUCUCCAAGGUUUAGGAGGAAUUCAACUAUGGCUGUUGUAAGUGCAUUAAGUUCCAACUAAAACACGGUUUAAAAGUAAUUAAGCAAGAUACUAAUCACGCAGAAUACCUUGUCAAUUACACUAGCGAACUCAUCCAUCACCAGGAGUGUUCUCUUUGUUGGUGUUCUUAAAGCAACGGACACUGAGUGAAGAGCCGAUAUGUACGCUGAACAAUCAUCUUCCUUCUCGGAACCUGUACCUGUGAGUAUGUAUAUUGCGUCAAGUGGUGAAAUAACUGCCUCCUCAGCUGGUACAUAACUUCCUAUUUGUGUGAGGUAUAUUAUUAAGGCGAUCUACAAGAGAACGAAAUAAUAAACUGUAGCAUGCAGAAAUGUUUCGUAAACAGUUAUCAGAGCCUAAAUUUGUUAAUGUUAAUACAAUCCUAUUCGAUGUGCAGGGCCUAGUUUCAGUAAGUAAGUAAGUCCAAAUAGUCAAAUUAAGUUAAGGACUGAAACACGAAUAUUGGAGUCGGUAAUAUAUAAUAUAUUUGGCGGAACUAAGUUGAGUAAGGGACCGUAAUUGAAAUGCAGUGAGGUCGUGUAAUUCACUCUGGAGCUUGACUGUUUGCCUCUCUUAUCUUAAGCUUGUAUUAAUAGCAACUUUAUGGAUCCCUGUCAAAACUUCUUUUCAUCUCCUGUUUUACAGUCUGACGUGUUCAAAUUUACACACCACAGCAUACUUUAGGUAGCGAAGCAGUUAUCAUC